UCACCUAAAACGCACGACGCCCAUUUCGUCACAGAGAGCGAGCAACGAUCAACAAUGGCAAUCGCCACCUUCUUCAACCACACCGUCUCUCUUCACAACCGCGCCACCGCCACCAACAGCGGCCCUUUCCUCCCACCCCCGGCCUCUUUACAGCCACCUUCCCUGCUCCGCCUCCGCCUCUCCUCCGCCUCCCCCGCCUCUCUCGCCACCCACCAAAGCCGCCCUCCCCUCCACAUAGCCCUCUGCUCCGGCGGCCAUUCCGGCGGCGGAGGCGGGGACGACGGCCCCUCCUCCGGCGGCGGAGGGGGCGGAGACAAUGCCGGCGAUAACAACAAGAAGGAGGCGCUCAUGGUGCUGGCGGAGGCGGGUCGAGGCGUAGAGAGCUUGCCAGGGGAUCUGGCGGCGGCUCUUGGCGCCGGGAGGAUCCCGGGGUCGGUGGUUACGAGGUACUUCGAGCUGGAGAAGUCAGCGCUGUUCCGUUGGUUGCUUCAGUUCGGUGGGUUUAAGGAAAGGUUGUUGGCUGAUGACCUGUUCUUGGCCAAGGUCGGGAUUGAAUGUGGUGUCGGGCUCUUCACAAAGACUGCCGCGGAGUAUCAACGCCGGGGAGAGAAAUUUUUCGAGGAGCUGGAAAUUGUUUUUGCUGAUGUGGUAAUGGCAAUACUUGCGGAUUUCAUGCUUGUUUAUCUCCCUGCCCCAACGGUUUCUCUCCGCCCUGCUCUUGCCACCAACGCUGGAUCACUGGCAAAGUUCUUCUAUAGAUGUCCCGACAAUGCAUUUCAGACUGCACUUCCUGGAAUAUCGUAUUCGUUCUUACAGAGGAUGGGUUCCAUACUGCGUAAUGGCACAAAGCUUUUUGCUGUCGGCACUGCAUCAUCCUUGGUUGGUACAUUUGUGACAAAUGCCUUGAUUAACGCAAGGAAGGCUGUUGAUAACAGAUCUGCUGAAGUGGAAAAUGUACCGAUUUUGUCAACAAGUGCUGCCUAUGGUGUUUACAUGGCUGUUUCAAGUAAUCUCAGGUACCAAGUGCUAGCUGGUGUAAUUGAGCAGAGGAUGUUAGAGCCCUUGCUACACCAACACAAAUUCAUGCUCAGUGCUAUUUGCUUUGCUGUUCGAACCGGCAACACAUACUUGGGCUCCCUAUUGUGGGUAGAUUAUGCACGUUGGAUAGGUAUUCAGUAGACCCAAGAUCCAACAAUUUGUUUGAUUUUCUUUGUGAAGGCACUUGAAGCAUCAAUCCACAUGUCCUCAGCAUGCGGCAAUCCUUGACGCUGCCGCCAGUUUUGAUUCAUACAAACCGAUGCUUCUUUCAGGAUGACUCGUUCAUUGUACACAUGAUUUAUCCUACAAAUAAAUGACCUUCAAUUUAACUUUCUGA